CUGUUGCUACUCAGUUGUUGUAGUUACCAGGAAGAUUAACCGCGAUGAUCAACUGGCCCUGGUGAUACCAGCUAGCUUGCUGGUUGUUAGCAUGCUUUCGGAUAUAAAGUAGAAGGUGGUAGGUGCCAUGCUGGGAAAGCCUAGACAAGAGAUCCCAGGGACAUUUCACCGGGCAGCUCGUCCACUUUUACUGUGAAGAUGCCAGCUGUGACCCGGGAUAAGGAGGACUCUGAAUCCUCCUCAGAGGACGAGCAAGAAGACCAUCCGUGCAUCGCCUGGAGUGGCCUUAGCAAGAAAAUCCCCGUUCUCUUGUUUGUCCCUGAAGCUGCCGUCUCUAAAGAUGGCAAUAUCUCUUCCAUUGGAGAGCGAUACAGUAUGGCCUUUAAGAUUGUGCGCACAGAGAGCCGCCUGGUACGAGGACUACUCACCAAUCAUGGAUUCCAUGAGGUUCAUCCGAACAGUAAUGACUAUAACCUGAUGUGGACAGGAUCUCACCUCAAGCCUUACAUUCUCCGCAGCCUUCAAGACUUCCAGAAGGUCAACCACUUUCCCAGGUCGUAUGAAUUGACGCGCAAAGACCGGCUUUAUAAAAACAUCCAGCGAAUGCAGCAGACUCAUGGCUUCAAAAACUUCCAUAUCGUUCCUCAGACCUUUGUGCUUCCAUCUGAAUUCCAGGAGUUUUGCAAUUGUUUUGCUAAAGAUAAAGGGCCCUGGAUUAUCAAACCAGUAGCAUCUUCAAGAGGGCGAGGCAUCUACUUGGUCAGCAAUCCAAAUCAGAUCUCAAUGGAUGAAAACAUCCUGGUGUCUCGCUACAUAAAUAACCCACUACUCAUAGACGGGUUCAAGUUUGACAUGCGGCUUUAUGUGUUGGUGACAUCAUACGAUCCACUCCUCAUCUAUGUCUAUGAAGAGGGUCUGGCCAGAUUCGCCACCGUGAAGUACGACCAGACUUCAAAGAACAUAAAGAACACAUUCAUGCAUCUCACUAACUACAGCCUGAACAAAAAGAGCAGCGAUUAUGUCAGCUGCGAUGACCCUGAAGUUGAGGAUUAUGGGAACAAGUGGAGUAUGAGUGCAGUGUUGAGGUAUUUGAAGCAGGAGGGGAAGGACACCACAUUGCUGAUGAGACAGGUGGAGGACCUCAUCAUCAAAGCUGUACUGAGUGCUGAACUACAGAUCGGCACUGCCUGCAAGAUGUACGUUCCUCACAAGACGAACUGCUUUGAGCUUUACGGUUUCGAUGUGCUCAUUGACUCCAACCUCAAACCCUGGUUGUUGGAGGUGAACCUUUCCCCCUCCUUGGCCUGUGAUGCUCCGCUGGAUCUGAAGAUAAAGGCCAGCAUGAUUGCAGACAUGUUUUCGCUUGUGGGCUUUGUUUGUCAGGACCCCCUAUCAAGACAGCUGCGCUCUGACCGAGUCACCCUGGACCCAAGCAUGAAGCACCCAGCAGCCCAACGAACACAGAAACCUCAGUCUGCACCAGCAGGCAGUGCACACAGCAGAGCGCGCCAGAGGCCAGCUUCAACCAGUAACUCAGAAACAGAGGGGUCCAAAGACAAGCCAGGACCCAAACUAGGCCAGGGAGACAGCACCCUGAGCUUAACUGCAGAGGAGAUCAAAGUGCUGCGGAGGAUAAGGGAAGAGUAUGAGAGACGAGGAGGCUUCAUCAGGAUCUUCCCCACUGCAGAAACGUGGGAGUUCUUUGGUGGAUAUCUGGAGUCCAAGACAUCAAUGAACUACAUGUUGGCAAACCGACUUUUCCAAGGAAGAAAUGUGAACGGGAAUGUGCAGCUGCAGGUGGACGCCGUCCAUGGUUGUCAUGUUGUCCAGUACGAGAGGAAGCUGCUAUCUCUGGAGGCACGUAAGAGGAGACAGCGCCACCUGACUCAUCGCUCUGCUGCAGGGAGGAAGAAAUCUGGGAAGGAAGCCAAGGCCUCCCCGAGUGUGAGCAGCAGUCAGGAGAGAGAGGAGAGAGAGGAGGUGAAGCGAGUCCUCGAGCCAGGCUCACACAAGGCUUUGGUAGCAGAGCAAAGAAAACAAGUGGCCACACCACUGGAGCGCUGCCACGGUGAGGCUCUGUCCAGCUCAGAGGCAGCCGCGCACAAUGCCAGGCCCACAGUCAACCUGCUCCACAUCCUUCAGCAGGGCUGGGACCUCAGUAAAAUGCAGGCCCGCAUUGCCUUUUCCUCGUACCUGCAGCGAGUCCAGCAAAGACUCUUGGCUGAGAGCCGGGCUAACACCAUCCCAGCUUGGCCAGACAAGGACAAUGACCAAAUGGAGCUGGUGAUUCGCUUCCUGAAGAGAGCGGCCAGUAACCUCCAACAAGACAUUAAGGUGGUCUUGCCCAGUCGCCAGCUUCCACUCCAAGACCGCAGACGAAUUCUGUCCCACCAGCUGGGGGAGUUUAUUCACUGUUACAACAAGGAGACUGAUCGUAUGGUGAAAAAACAAGAGGACAGCAAAGAGGAGCAUUGCGUCAACCCCAGUGUGUUUCAGGAGUACAUCACCACAGCAAGUGAAAACGAUCUGGAAGAAGUACUGACAUUCUACACACAGAAAAAUAAAUCAGCCACUGUCUUUCUUGGAACAAAAGUCAGGAGUGUUAAAAAAGAUGUGCAUGAGGUUAAUGCAGCAGGAGAUUCAGGCAACUGUCCUUUUCCCAACACUCUGCCUGUGGCCCGGGAGGAUUCCAGCGCCUCGGAGUCGUCGCUCUCCACGGGGAAAGUCAGCAGUGACCCAGACAUUAAGGUCUCUGAGAGUCAGCCUUCUGUCUGUGCUCUGCCGGAAGAACAAGCAACAGUAAGAACUAGUAAAACCCAGCCGGAGGUCCAGGCCUCCCAGCACUGCUCCAGCUUCCCUCUGACUUUAGACUGCAGCCGUAUUUAUCAUCAGCACUGCUCCUCUGCCUCCUCGUCCCUGCCUCUGCAUUGUCCACCACCGCCGCCACCCCUUCAGCCCCCGUCCUACGCACAGUCCUUGACCAAGUCUCAGUUCUGCCAUUCUGAGGAUCUCUCUGAACCUCCUGCGUACGCCUCUGCUGUCAUGGUCACACAGCCUCCAAGGGCAGUGUGGACAGCCGCAUCUUCUGGCUCUAACCCCAUCUCUACAGGGCAACCAACCCAGGUGCUGAGGAGAAUCCAGUCCUUUACUUCAUCAACAGCCAGCUCCGGAGCAGCCUCGUCCCUACCUAGUGCCACACACAUUUACAGCCAGAAGCUCUCCAGACCCACAUCAGCAGGCCAAGUGAUCAAAAAGGGCAGCUCCAGUAAGAUGAAGUCAAACUCAGUGGGAACAUUCAAGGACCUGAACUCCCUGUCUGCCCAAGCCCAGUCUAACCAGCAGGCCUUCAUCUCCACCCUGCAGAAGCUGGCUGACAAGCAGGUCGCUCACCGCUAUGCCAGCUCCAGUCACAUCAACCUGCUGACACAACACUUGACCAACCUGAAUCUGGCCAGCAGGAUGCUGGGCAGAGAGAGCCUCACGCUGAACCCUAAAGUGCGGCAUGCUGCUGCUACCACCCAUCGGCCAGUCAAAGCUGUUCACUCUGGAAAGGAUCUCUGUAGCACCAUUAGCCACAGGCCAGGAAAGCACGACAAGGGUCCAUGGGAUAGCCAGAUGCAGAGUGCCUACAGCUUGGUGACAGGGGCCAACCAUCAGCAGUGCUACCAGCCCAACCAAUCGAGCUACCAGCUUCAGUUUGCCAUCCAGAAACUACAACAGCAAAGACUUCAGUCUCAACAGUGUGUGGACCAGGGCCACUGCAGACACCAGGCUCCAUUUCCAGACCAGACUCCACACUCCCAGGCUUCCACAAGUUCAUCCAGCUGCCCCCCUCCUGGCUUUCAUGUUCAGCCCGGUCACAGUCAUGGUAACAGCCACAUUCAAACCUGUGUUAGUCCUGUUCACACCCCAAAGCCGCCCAGCAGUGCCAGAGAGGGACAGACCAGAAAAACUGCAACAAAGCGCCUCAUCAAGCAGACGUCCGCAGAGAGCUCAGCAAGUGGAAGUGUGUCCAGUGGCCACCAUACGGUCUAUGAUGCAGGUCUUUCCGUGUACCAAAAGCUGUUCCAGAGCCAAGACCCCGGUAACAGAUGACAAAAGGGCGACCAGAGGCCUGUCCUGCCCCUCUGCUGGCCUGACAGGUGUCUCUGCAUGUAACCACAUCCCCACAGAGGUGUAUUCUGGGAAAGGACAACAGAUGCAGAUGAAAGCAUGCCAGACAUCGAACAGAGCUCUAUUAACCUCUCUGCGAUACAGCUAUAGACACGCGAGAGGAGAGUUAGCGACGCCAGGAAUGCCAAGCUUUGACGCAGGUUGGGAUUUUGUUGCACAGCCUCAACAUCAGUUGGCCUUUUCAGCUCCCCCACCCCCACUCUAACCCCCUUGGCUUUACACUUUCUAUGUAUCAACAGUUGUCUCUCCGUGAUACUGAUGCCACUGAAAGAUUUCAUUGACAGAUAGCCUUCAGCAGAUGCUUCUUUAAGCCCUGAGGCAUGUUAACUACAGGAUUCAACAUUUGACUCUCUGCUCAUGCAGUGGCAUGUGUACAGCUAGCAGUUCACACAGAUUUUUUCUUCUGAGGAAGUUACACAAACAGGUGAGAUGUUGGUUUGGUGAGUAGUGUAGAGGUAGCUUGAGCAGCUUCUUGCCUGGCUACCAUCAGUGAUGAGCAGGGUCUUUUCAACUGUGGCUUCUGGCAUCUAGCAGUCCAGCCUUUAGUCCGUGUUGGAAGCCAAAUUGCUGCCAAAUCAGAUUCUACGCCCGUCGCCUAAUGAUGUAUUAAAGUACAGCAUCCUUUCCUUUAGGCUUAGCAAAGAAAAGAAUGGAUAGUGAGAGCUUGAUUGGUUUGUUACCUCAUUACAAGGACAAUGUAGCACUGUUGUCCAGCUUUUUAUUUAGAGAACAAAGUUGACUUGUGACUAUUCUUGUUGAGAUGUUGAUUUAUUUACUGUAGAUGGACCAAAUUUAUUACUAAUAUUACUUAAAUUAUUGUUAUGUGAAAAUUUCUUCACUGUACACUGGUCCACCAAAAAGAGCAUUUUGGUAGUUUCUGUAGCUCAAAGCAUAACAUGAAGAGGAAUUAAAGCCCUUUUCACACAGUCACUGCACUCCUGAAAAUUUCCUCAAAUUGUCCGGCCUAUUUUUCCAACCUGACUUUUUCUUGCCAGUAUCUGGAGAAAUGUCUGUAAGAUGUCAGGGUGAGCUGAAGUGAAACCCUGCAGGUAACAUGAACAGCAAGCAGGUGCUACUUCAUACUAUUUAUGCCUGCCAGUUUGUACUCCUCCACUCUUGCUUUGAUACUGUAAAUACACCCAAAAACACACACAAAGACUAAAACUGUCUCAUAGCAUAGGCCUCCGUCACUUCAUCCACCAUCUUGGAUAUGCUUUCAACUCUACACCGUGACGCCCACAGCGUCCUUUUAGCGUCAUGUCCUGCUUCCUCAGACCCCGUGUAAAAGAAGAUGCAACUCUGUAAAUAUUCAGAGCAGGCAGCCUUGAAAUGUUCUAGAAAUUGUCAGGAGUGCAAGUGUGAAAGGGGCUGAUGGUUAUGCACAGCCUUUCUUAUAAUGAAGGUUAAAGCUGCACCAGCAGACCAGUGUUCUUGUGGAUUUCCUGUUGCUUGGGACCAUAUGGAGAGUUUACUCAGGUAGUGUUAAUAGAAAAAAAAUAUUUGUUAUAUAUCGAUACAUUCUGUAAAUGUAAUGAUGACUUUGUCUGAGAUACUUGAAUUUGAUGCAUGUCUUUGUCUUAUCAGCUGAUGUUUAACAUCAGAGUGAUUUUGCACUGAUUGUAGUUUUCAAUGCAGUACAACAGAACAGGUUUUAAUACCUUUGAUUAGUUUUCUUUUGAUGUUGCAGUCAUGUUGUGGACUUACUCCUGUUAAAGCCAGUGCAUGCUGUUUGACAAGAAUCCAACAGUACACUCCAAAGUUGAUGUGAUGUUCUCUUAUGGUGAUACAAAGCUGUUUACAGUCAUUUGUGGGAUUUUGUUACUGAUUGUUGACAACACAUGCAUGGGAAUGUCAUAUCUUUGGAAUCAUCUGGGCAGACUAGAAAAAAAACUUACAUUGUCGCCUAGAAGACAUUAAACCUUACAUAUCAUGUCAGUAAAUGUGACAACUUUCAGUGUACAGCAUGUGCGGUGAACAAUCACUGGACUUUUGAUUAAAGUGUACCGUAUGACCCGUGAAAUAAAGUGUUGUAAAAAAACAAAAACAAAAACAAAGAGGAAAAUAAGAACAACUCUAUCAAACUGUCUGUUUUUAAUUAAAAAAAAAAGUGUGUCCAAGAGUAAUAAGAAAAAACAUUUACAGUCCGUGAUCUAGUUAAGUGUUCACUUAGUGACAUACAUCGUCUCAUACAACAGAAAGGCUUCACUUUAAAACAAAAAUGAUCCCUGGAAUCACUAUUUCUGUUGUAUAACAGAGGUAAACAUAACCAUGGAAAUACUACUUUGAAAUAAAGGUUGGUUUCCAGCAUG